UCACUUUACAACAAACAAAUGAUAGUCGCACAUCUGACAGUUGCAAAACAAUAACCAGGGAAAUUUUGCAAAACAUUUACAUGUGACAGUAACGUUUGUAAUUAUGAUAUCAUCGGAAUGCAUAAAUAUAUUUCCUGUAGAUCCUUUUGUUGAUGAAAUAUACGUGCAGUUUUAGAAGAAAACGGGAUUAUGGUUAUAAAGAAAGAUUUGCAAUAUUAUAGAUCCCUUUCAUUAGAUCAUCGUAACCCUCAAGCGAAGGAAGAAAUCUUGUUUAAACACUAUCAAUGGUGCCCUAACCACCGUGUACAGUGAUGGUGAGUCAUGUUGGGUACAAAGCAGAGGAGCAAGAUCAUCUCAGCCUUACAAACCAUGCUUGUGCAGGUGCUGUCAGUGGGGCAGUUGCUCGGGCUAUUUUACAACCUCUUGAUGUCCUCAAAAUUAGGUUCCAACUUCAGGUUGAGCCAAUAGCAAAAAGAGGAGGAGGUUUGUAUCAAGGAUUGGUGCAAAGCACAUAUACAAUAGCAAGGACUGAGGGACUGUCUGCCCUAUGGAAGGGACAUAAUGCAGCCCAGGCUCUGAGUAUCACAUUUGGCAUGGCUCAGUUUUGGAGUUACUCACUUUUGACUAGAGCAGCAAGUGAGUAUGGUGCAGGUCAAGGGCAUCUUUCUCACGGUGUGUGUGGGGCCCUGGCAGGACUAUUUGCUACAAUCACAUCUUUCCCUUUUGAUAUAGUGCGAACAAGAUUAAUUGCCCAAGGUUACCCAAAGUGUUAUACUGGAAUGAGGAAUGCUGUGAUAAAGAUGGUGAAUCAAGAAGGAACAAAGAGCUUGUGGAAGGGCUUGCUGCCAACUCUGGUCAUGAGUGCUCCUUAUUCAGGACUUGUAUUUUACUUCUACAGUGCCUAUCAAGCAUUAAUGACAAAAUGGCUCCUGAAAGGAAAAGAGAAUGAGUGGCUGAGCACUUCAGCAGUGACUGGUUUAGUAGCUGGGGGAUGUGCAAAGACUUGUGUGUAUCCUUUAGAUGUGCUUAAGAAGAGGCUACAGAUACGAGGCUUUGAAGGAGCUCGUGAGCAGUUUGGGAAGGUUGUUGUUUACAAAAGUCCAUGGAGUUGUGUGUUUCAAGUCACAAGACAAGAGGGCAUCUUAGCAUGGUAUAAAGGGCUCUGGCCAGCCAUGAUAAAGAGUGGAUUAACAUCUGGGGUUAUAUUUCUAACUUAUGAAACCAUAUGCCAGUUGCUUUCACAUUUACAAAACAAAGAAGGAAAUGGACGCAUUGAAUAGUAUUUAUAAAGACCUGUGAUAUUUAGCCCAUAAUAAUUGUCUAUAUAUUAUUUUUAACAAGGUUAAUAUAUACUGUUUGUAGUUACCUUCAGUUUGGUCUUGUUCAGUGGUUGGCAUACUGUUUUCAGUUGUAUAUAUAAUUUUUUAUGAUAGAAAUAAUGUCUAACUCAUACAUAGUAAUCUAAUAGUUUUCUUAAAAAUCUGCGAAUUCUUAUGAUAGACCAAACUUCAGGCUAUUAGCUUUAUUUCUUAAUUUGUUCAUAACUUUGAGAACCAGUCAACUUAAAAGAACUGCAUACAUGCAUAUUAUUGUUGUUAUUGUUCAAAUAACUUGUUAUUCAAAACUAUAUUCAUCCUCCUACCAUAUGCUCUAAUAUGUACAUGUGUUUAUACACAUACAUCAUGUUGCUCAGGAAAUAUAGAUGCAAAGCAAUUUUACCAACCACUUAAUAGUAAUUAUUCCCACUCUUCAAACACUACCACACACCCUUGCGAACUUGGAGCUUUUCUGUUUUCAUCAUCCUCACUGCCACUGUUUCGUUCUAACUGCAACCCUCUCAGACUCCCUAUCCUUGUCUGAAUUCAGUGAUCACUCAAAUGUUCUUGCUAUCUCUUCCUUCUAGAAUCCAUCUCAAUCAACAUCUACUGGUAGCACAAACACUUAGGGUCAAUGUUUUGUAGUAUUUAAGUACAGUGCAUAAAGAUGUAUCAUGAGAAGCGGUUUUAGAACGAUACUUCUUCAGGGAACUGUGGGAGCGUUGAUUGCUUCCUACUUAAUAUUAAAACAGCCAAAUCACCAGCAACUUGGCUCAUAGUGAAUGUCCCAAUUAAAAACUCUUACUUCAUUAUCUAAACUCUUACUUCAUUAUCUAAACUCACUUUUGCAUCACUCACAGCUUAAGAAACUGAGUUGUGAAUGUACAUUGUAUGUAGAUGGUUGCCUUGGCUAUCCUCCAUUGAGAGAGAUGUCAGUCUGACAUAUUGAUAGGAGGUAGUAUAUAGAAAUCUCAUGUGUCUGUAUGAAUAUUUAAAUAUACAUGUUGAUAUAUCAAUACAAAAUCUUUUCAUAAA